AUGGAGGCAGCGCCGUCGCCAGGAGAUCCAAAUCGCCAACUCCGAAGAACAGAGCAGCAACAGCCUACAGAAACAGCAGCAGCAGCAGCAGCAGCAGCAGCAGCAGCAACUGAGAAGCUCCCCUCCUACCAAACGGCGCCAGCACAAACAACAGCCGCAACAGCAGCAGCAACAAUGACAGCAGCAGCAGCAGCAGUAGUACUAGCAGCAGCAGGGGACACAACAAGGGCAGCUGUGCCAUCAAGAGCAAACGGCACUGGCAGCAGCAGCAGCAGCAGCACGAGCAGACAGCGCCGCCAAGGGCAGCAGCAACAGCAGCAGCAACAGCACACACACAGCAGAAGCAGCAGCAGCAGCAGCAGCAGCAGCAGCAGCAGCAGCAGCAGCAGCAGCAUACCGCCAGGCUGUAGAAGCAGCAGCAGCAGCAGCAGCAGCAGCAAAUGCGAAGGAAGGGCUGCAGGUCCAAGUGAAAGGAGCAGCAGCAACAGCAGCAGCAGCAGCCAGGCCUGCAGCACCAACGGUGCAACCAGCUGCAAAGAACGGCGCAGCAGCAGCAGCAAACAAGGAGCAGAAAGCAACCAAGACAACCAGAGAAGCAGCAGCAGCAGCAGCAGCAGCAGCAGCACUGCAACAGCAGCAGGGACUUUCGCCCCGAACAAAAGAACAGCUCCAGCAGCAAAAGCACCUCUCCAGCGCCCGCUGCAGCAGCAGCAGCACCAACACGAACAACAACAACAACAGCAGCAGCAGCAGCAGCAGCAGCAGCAGCAGCAGCAGCAGCAGCAGCAGCAGGACCUGCAGCAGCGCGGGCAGCCGCAUGCCCUGCAGCAUAACGACGGAGACGUGGGGCGGCGGGAAAGGCUUUAUGUGCAGCAGCGCAGCAGUUGCUGCGUAGACUCUGAAGGUUUUGCCUUCUGCAUCCUGCAGCAGCAGCAGCAGCAGCAGCAGCAGCAGCAGGUGGCGGAAAAGUGGAAAAUGAAAGCAAAUGCUUGA